AAUGUUCGAUCGCAUUUGUCAACAGCCUUCCGAAAAAGUUCGACGCAAAUCGAUCAGCCAGCUCCCAGCCAGUUCAUCCAAAAAAUCCCAAAAAAUAAUACAAAGCCGAAGAGGAGUCGGAGAUGAAGACGGUGGAGAAGAAAUAAGCAAGAUGAUUGGCUUUAGUACGCAUAUAAAAACAAGAGAGACAUUAGAAAUUGCGCAAGCCAUUCGUGUUUGAACAUUGAUCGGCCAUCGUGAAAAUAUAUCAAGGUCAGCCGGUUGACACAGAAACCAAACGAAUCAGCUAACUAACAUUAAUUGAUGGAUCUGUGCGAUCCAAGCCGGGCAAUUUCGCUGGCCUUCCCACUUGGGGGAAUAAUCUGCACUUUGGUAAUCCGGUCACUUCAUUCAUUUGCAUGAGAAGAGGCUGUAAAUUUUAAAUAAAUUCAAUUAAGAUACACGCGUACAUUUGCCAUAUAUUUUAUUUAGUUAGUGAUUGUCCGAACAGGUUAUCAUUCAAAUGCAAAGUGUGUCAAUAAACUGAUGAAUAACGGUGAAUGAAAUGCAUUUACGACGAAGUUGACGACUUUUGUUAUUUAUGUGCGAUUUGAUUGAUUUGAACAAAUAUUUCAAAAAGCGCGCCAAAAAUAUACAAAGAUUGUCUGCACUGGUAGCCGAUGACUAAAAAUACAACUCGAAUUUGUAUAAGACUCUGAUUUUCUAAAUAAAAUAUAUUUAUGUAAAUUAUUUGAUUAUCCUGCUGCUCAUUAAAACUUUUAUAUGUUUCUUCUUUUUACCUAUAUAAUAUCUAUGUCAAUUUUCCUUUUCCUAGUGCAAAUAAUAGUUGUGCAAAGUGCAAUGAUUUAAUGUGAUACUAGAUUGUAGUUAGUGAAAAGGUCGAUGCGGCACAGAUGAAAGUUGACCUCGCAGCAGAUUUUGGCAACUGACAUACUCACAUACACACAAAUGUGUACCCAGAUGUUGUGUGAAAGCGAAGAAGUGUGGAAGGAAAAGAAACAAAAAGAAGAGGAUCGCCAGACUAAUUUUAAAACCCGCUCGUCAACAAAAUGCUAAAUUUAGGCAACGAUAAAGUGGCUGCCAUGGAUGAGCCUCCGCCCGCUAACGGCGAGGAGAGCUUCCAGCUGCUGGAAAGGAAUCUCGCGCCCACCGUCCCCCUACAACCCCCAUUCACCACCCCCCUCGCCCCCUUCGACAUGGAGCUAAUGAAACGACACGGGCUCCACGAGAGAUUGGCGGCCAAGUCGGACAGCAUCUGGGGCGAAACGAAGAAGUUCAUGGAGCUGGAGCGAAAUUCUGGACAGGAUGAGCUGGGCUCAUCGCUAAGUCUGUCCGAGAAAAGGGCCAGAUUUGCCGAAAGCAACGCCUCCACGCUCCAACUGCAAAACUCUGUUGAGCUCCAGGCGAAUGGAAAGAAGUCCUCUGGGGACAGGACUAAGCUCACGAAUCUCUCAACCCCUCUACUGCCAAUGACUGAUUCCGAGCUUGCGAAAGGCAAUGGAAGCGGCCCGUACGAUGAUCGCGAGUGCAGCUGCCCUCGGGAGUUUUAUCAGCGAGAGGAAAUCAAUACCUCGCUGUUCUUUGAGGACUGCAGCCGGUCAAUCGACUUUGUCCUGGCCUUCAGGAUCAAUGCCCACGAGCCGACGGAGGCGGAGAACACGGAGAAGCGACGGGUAUUCGAGGCGAAUCUCAUAAGCCAGGGCCUCGAAGUCGAAUCUAUACAAAAAGACCAGAUUUGUUUCGUAAAAAUACAUGCUCCUUUGGAGGUCCUGCGACGCUACGCGGAAAUACUUAAGCUGCGAAUGCCCAUGAAGGAGUCGUUGUGCAAUUUGCGCAUAACCGAAAGAUCGAACCGACUCCAUAAUGCGGCUCAAUACCUGUCCAAGAAGGUUGGCCCGAACGUUGAAUCAAUUCCCGGCAUGUCGGUGGUCAACCGCUCAACAAAAAGCAUCUUUUCUAGUCUCAAAACCAUAUGCAAGUUCUUCCUGCGAAAUAUCUAUGUAGAUGAGAAUAUCUUCCCCCGACGAGCUCAUCGUUUUACCGCCAUUUACAGUCGCGAUAAGGAGUAUCUGUUCGAUAUUCGUCAGGAUUGCUUUUUCACCACUGCCGUCCGCUCUCGCAUCGUUGAAUUCAUCCUGGACCGCCAGAGAUUUCCUACCAAGAACCAGCACGACAUGGCCUUUGGCAUUGAGCGCCUCAUUGCUGAAGGGGUCUACUGUGCAGCUUAUCCCCUGCAUGAUGGUGAAAUAAUGGAGACUGGAACUAUGAGAGCGCUGCUAUACAAGCACUGGGCGUCUGUCAAAAAGUGGUAUCGCUAUCAGCCUCUGGAUGACAUCAAGGAAUAUUUUGGCGUUAAAAUUGGUUUAUAUUUUGCCUGGUUAGGCUACUACACCUACAUGUUGUUGCUGGCUUCGAUAGUGGGUGUGAUUUGCUUCCUCUACUCUUGGUUCUCCCUGCCAAACUAUGUGCCUGUAAAAGACAUCUGCGUGCGCUCUAAUAAGAACAUAACAAUGUGCCCACUCUGUGAUUGGUGCAACUUCUGGGACCUGAAGGAGACCUGCAACUAUGCCAAAGUGACCUACCUCAUCGACAAUCCCAGCACCGUGUUCUUCGCUGUAUUCAUGUCCUUUUGGGCUACUUUGUUUUUGGAACUGUGGAAACGAUACUCGGCCGAGAUCACUCAUCGCUGGGAUCUGACGGGCUUCGAUGUCCAUGAAGAGCAUCCGCGGCCCCAGUACUUGGCUCGCCUGGAACAUAUCCCGCCGACCAGAGUGGAUUAUGUGACGAAUACAAAAGAGCCCACGGUUCCCUUUUGGCGAAUGAAGCUGCCGGCCACGGUGUUCAGUUUUUCUGUGGUGCUAUUAUUGAUUGCUCUGGCUUUUGUGGCUCUGUUGGCUGUGGUGGUGUACCGUAUGUCCAUGUUGGCGGCUCUUAAGCUGGGCGCCAGUCCCAUGACCACCUCAAGCGCUAUAGUUUUGGCCUCGGCUUCAGCUGCGUUUGUGAAUUUGUGCCUUCUCUACAUCCUUAAUUAUAUGUACAAUCACCUGGCUGAGUACCUGACUGAACUGGAAAUGUGGCGCACUCAAACCCAAUUCGAUGACUCUCUGACCCUCAAGAUAUAUCUUUUGCAGUUUGUCAACUACUACGCCUCCAUAUUUUACAUUGCCUUUUUCAAAGGGAAAUUUGUGGGCCAUCCCGGGGAGUACAACAAACUUUUUGACUAUCGCCAGGAGGAGUGCUCCUCUGGUGGCUGUUUGACAGAGCUGUGCAUCCAGCUGGCCAUCAUAAUGGUUGGAAAGCAAGCUUUCAACACCAUUUUGGAAGUGUACCUACCCAUGUUCUGGCGCAAGGUUUUGGCCAUUCAAGUGGGCCUGUCGCGCUUGUUCAACAACACCCCAAAUCCGGAUAAAACCAAGGACGAACGAUGGAUGCGGGACUUUAAGCUGCUCGACUGGGGUCCACGCAGUCUCUUUCCGGAGUAUUUGGAGAUGGUGCUGCAGUAUGGUUUUGUGACCAUUUUUGUGGCGGCCUUUCCACUGGCGCCAUUCUUCGCGCUUCUAAAUAAUAUUUUGGAAAUGCGUCUGGAUGCCAAGAAACUCUUGACCCACCACAAGCGUCCAGUGUCCCAGCGUGUCAGGGAUAUCGGAGUUUGGUAUCGGAUCUUGGAUUGCAUUGGCAAGCUAAGUGUGAUUACGAAUGGAUUCAUUAUUGCCUUUACAUCUGACAUGAUCCCACGAUUGCUUUACCGAAAUUACAUCUCAAAAGACGGAACCUUGAAUGGAUAUUUGGACUUUACCUUGUCCGAGUUUAGAAUCGCUGAUUCACCCACCUUGAACAGCUUAGCUGGAGACCAAUCCAACAUUACUACAUGCAGAUACACGGACUUUCGAUUACCACCUUCAUCACCGGAAAAAUACACUUUGAGCAGCAUGUUCUACAUCAUUUUGGCCUGCCGAUUGGGUUUUGUGGUGAUUUUUGAGAACUUUGUGGCUUUGGUGAUGAUUCUGGUGCGUUGGUGCAUUCCGGACAUGAGUGUGGAACUUCGCGACCAAAUCCGACGCGAAGUCUAUGUGACCAAUGAGAUUAUCAUCGAACAAGAGGCUCAUCGAGCUCGUUUCGAGCGCGCCAAACGCAGCAGCUCGGUGUUGCAGACGCCCGCUGAUCAGGACCUGGAUGCCGCCUCCAUUCAGGAGCCGAACGCCAAGUUCAUAAACAUUGAAAAGUUACUCACCGAGAAUCUCACUCAGAUCGAAAUGGAUGCCAUUAUCCAUGGCGAAAACAAAACCACUGGCAUUGCAGGUGCCGAUUGCUAGGACCAGGUGCACAAAUGACUCAGUGACUUUAGUUUUUAGUUUAAUAUUUAGUUCUAAGUCCGUUGGAGGGCAAUUCAUUGUGUUAUAAAAGUUCCUUUCACUCACUUAAUUAGGCCUUAGUUAUGACACAUUUAUUGAAGAGUAAUAUUUGAUUGCGAUUUGUAUUUUGGUUACAAGCUUUACAACGAAUCAACUGUUUUAUAGGUUAUGCUUUUUAUGAUAUUCUGCUUGAAAGAGCUUUAUUGUAAUCUCAGACCUUUUGAAUUAAGGGAGUCCAUGCGAGUGCCAACUUAGAAACGAGCACAAUUGUUAUAAUUUCAAACUAUGGAAUACCACAAACUAGAUACAUUAACUAACUCAUUAACUAAAAUAACUCAGGCUCUUACAUGACUCGUACAUUUAUUUUCGAUAGGAUAAAAUGUAUACAAAAACAUACAUAUAUUUAUUGCAUUCAUAGAAUAUUGUAUAUUGGUGUUGAUGUACUGAAAUGUCUAUUUAAUGUUGACUAUACACAAAAAGUAAAUAAAAUGAAAAAUACGUUAAUGAAA